AUGCCGACGCACAGCCCGGAAGAGCUGAGUCACAAGGCAGUGGAUGCUUUGUGGAGGGCUGCUUUAGAUGUGGUGAAGGACAACUUCAAUGCUGCAGAACAUCUCCCCAAGAAAGUUUACGAGUUUCUUCUGCCCAUCGCUGCCUCCACUUGCCAAGGAAUGUUUUCCACCGUGAUGAUGUUUGCGGGGGCAAUGCCUGCCUUGUCGAAUGGCGCCAGCGUGCGUCUUUGGAGCCAAAAACCAAGUCCCUUGAUGUUGCUGGUCCUGCACAUGGCGCCCCCUCAACGAGGAAAAUCUCGCUUGUUCCAAGCUGUUGAACUCCUUUUUGAAACUGCUGAUGACUUUGUGGCAAAGCUCGCCAAAAAGGCAGCAGAUGAGCUCGCCACCAAUCUGGCGCCUCCACUAGAAGGUUAUCAACCGCCGUCAGAGAUGCAAGUCAGCACCAAGUCAAUUUCGUUGCAGAGCUUCACGAUGACGGAGUUCUUCUACAGGUGCUCCGUGGAGUUCCCGCAAGUGGAGAUUGGCGGGAAAAAGGAAAAGACAACUUCCAGGUUGUGGUACGGGCAAGCGUUCAACCUAGACGAGUGCUACGAGUUCCUAGACAACAUAGGAACAUCCACCUCCUACGAGAGCUCACGGGCUCAGCACAUUGCCUUGUCACUCCUUGGCAAUGGCCAUCCAGCAAAGCUCAUCAGCAUGGAGCGGGGCCUGGAAGGUGGACACACUGCAGCUACAAGGGAAAGGUUUCUCUUUGCUGUGGAUGUGUCUGCGGCAAGGCACGAUAAAGUGCCCAAAGACCUUUUGGAAACAAACGGUGAUGUACCAGCCUGGACCUGGUUGCCUUUGACCCCGCUGCAAGCGACCAUCUUCCGGUGGACUAGCUUGCUGAACAACCCCAAGCAUUUUGAAGGGGUCGAGAAGCCAGAGGACGAUUCAGAAGAUGAAGGCUACCCUGCUGUGUUGCCAGACGGGGUGAGGUCGAGAGUUCGUUACAUCGAAGAAGCCGAUUCUAGAGGUGAGACGGUGGUGGUGCGGACUGAGUGGCGGAUUAGUGGGCGGUGGCUUGUCAAGGACCAGACAGAACACAUCUGCGCUGGAGCGCGCAGGGUCUGUGAGCACUUCGAGAAGCGGCCGCGUUCAGUUUUGACUAUCCGAGAUGAAGCGCAGAAACUGUUGCUGGGAAACCAAGUGGCGCAAUCCAUCCGUGCGUCUGGCAAGGAGAGCACACCGUUGGAGGCCUUGCACGCAAACGCUGCUCACAUGCAAGGCAUGCUGAGCGCAAGUGUCGCCAUCUUGGAGUUGGCUGGUGGUGGGGGCACCUUUGACACCGAUGGAAAUUUGGAAAUUACUGAGGACCAUGUGCAGGGCCCAUUGGAUCCUGCCACAGCUGCCAGCUCGGACGAGUCCGACAAUGAACCUUUCCAGCCCGUGCAAGUGCUUCCCCAUGAGAUUGUCCCACUGAAGCUGUCCGACUUGGACCCGAAGGACAUUUUCUUCCAGAAAGGCUUGGGCGACAACGGCUCGAUGCUCCUCUCCUCCCAGGAUGGCAUUCUCAAAGACCGCGAGCUUGUCCAGAAACUGCUGCUGUUGGGGCGCAGCGAGAUCAAAAUGUCCAAGGUGGUUGACUCGUACCAUGUGGUGCAGCAAGUCCAGGGCAAGCGACGGAAAGACGCAAUCAAUCAUCAUGCAGGAGCAGAGAUAGGCAGUAUGACUGCAGAAGCUGGUGGAGGCAUCAUUCGAGGCACCAUGACAGCAGAAGCUGGUGGAGGCAUCAUAGGACUGUUGGUGUCCAUUCACAAUGACUUCUCUGGGGCCCGCGCUGUCAUCACGUUCGUGAGCGGGAACCUCUGCGUCACCUGGGGCAGCAGGGACGUCCGCAGGACGGGGAGGAGCAAAGUUCUAGAGUUCCCAGAGUUCGAUGUUCAUUCCCAGAGUUCGAUUUUUGUUGAUGUCGGGAAGAACAUCAACAACUGCGUGCGGGAAAGGCUCAUCGGCACGGAGCAGUACAGUCUUUGGGCUGCAGAAGCCAAGAAAAGAGGCAAGGAGGCCUGCCAUGUGUUUCCGCAGCGGCCGGCGAUUGUUUUGCACAGCGGCGCGAAUGACACGACAAGGCGUGGCGAUGAACCAGCAGCACUGCAGUAUCAGAGUGCGGUUGGGCAGGUGGAAGUGCGAAUUGCUGGGCGAGUGAAGAGCUUGCGUUCAUCCGGCGCAAAACUCAAGUUCUACGACCUGGCAGAGGGCGAAGACAGAAUUCAGGUGAUGUGCAGUCCACAAAUGCAUGAAGGAGAUGACUUCAAAGAGGUGCAUGCUAGCAUCCACCGCGGGGACAUCAUUGGUGUCCGUGGCGUUGUUGGCAAAUCGAAGCGAGGAGAACUUUCAGUGUUCCCUCGAGAAGUAAAGUUACUGUCGCCCUGCCUGCACAUGCUGCCAAAAGAAUACUCAGGCCUCAAAGACCAAGAGACCAGAUACCGAAAACGCUGCAGCAACUGCAUCAACAAAAGCCAGGAGGAGACCUGA